CAAAUUUUUGCCACAUGCACCAACUCCAGUUUUAAUGCUGUGGGGGAUCUGCAGGAAAGGCUGACACUUUGACCUUGGAGCUGUGUAGGCCCAGGUUUUGGAGACCCUAAAAAAGAAGAUCGGAUGGGAGCUGAAGGAACUGCAGUUCCAGCUGCUUCCCCACGCCAACAAGUGAGCUCAGAUCAGCAACAAGAUGUUCAUAUUCCACAGUGCGACCUGCACCAACCUUCAAACUAAAAAAUAUGACUACUCCUUUCAGGUGUCAGGCAUAGUGUCUCCUGUGGCCCUUACUACCCAGAACUAUACAAGGAAGGGAAAUAUAAGUCCAGUUCAUCUGAAUUGACAUAAUACAAAGCCACCAGAACUCUAGUCAAUUGAUUUUUGUAUUUAUGUGUGAAUUGGUUUUUAUUGGUUUGGGAAAUGUCACUAUGGGGUUUGACCUUUCUGUACCAGGAAUGCUCAUUCUAAUCAUCCUGAGACGGUUUUUGGAACUUUUUUUCUUUUUAUUGGCACUGCUCUUGCCACCAGCAGCCUCUUCAGGCCCACUGCUGACCCACUCCUCCUAAGAAGAGAAUUUCCGCCUUUUCUUGGAGAUACUCCUGCUGCCUGCCUCUUUUGGAUCACUACCUGUUUCCUCCUUGGACGAAGAUUUCUUCCUUUUGGGAAGACUUGUGCUGCCAGCUGCCUCUGCAAGAAAAUUGCUGUUUUUCAUCCUUUAGUAAAAGAUUCAGAACAUCUAUUCUUCAACCCCGUCGUCCCCUAAAAUCAUACACAGGUGUUAUAAAUUCUAAGGGUACUAGAAAUGAAAACAAGAAUAUACUGUUUGUUCCUAAUGGCUUUUAGUAUAUAUUAACAUAUUGUUUAUGAUGGCAUCUGAGACUGAGAAGACUCAUGCUUUAUUGCAGUCUUGUAGCACUGAGUCUCUUAUUUCUAGCCUUGGUCUGGGGAUAUUUUGCUUAGUAGCUGACAAACUUCUUCAAUUUUCCAUAAUCCAACAAAAUGACUGGCUUCGUGCCCUCUCAGAUAAUGCAGUACAUUGUGUGAUUGGCAUGUGGUCAUGGGCAAUAGUCAUUGGAAUCAAGAAGAAGACUGACUUUGGAGAAAUCAUUUUGGCUGGAUUUUUAGCCUCUGUUAUUGAUGUGGACCACUUUCUUCUAGCUAGAUCUCUGUCUUUAAAGGCAGCUUUGAGUCUUCCACGAAGACCUUUCUUUCACUGCUCUACUGUGAUACCCAUUGUGGUUCUGAUCCUGAAGCUUACUAUGCACCUUUUCAAGCUCAAAGAUUCAUGGUGUUUUCUUCCUUGGAUGUUAUUCAUAUCCUGGACCUCGCACCAUAUUCGAGAUGGAAUUCGUCACGGCUUGUGGAUGUGCCCUUUUGGAAAAACUUCUCCUUUGCCAUUCUGGCUUUAUGUGAUAACCACAUCAUCUUUACCUCAUAUCUGUUCAUUUGCUAUGUAUUUAACAGGGACCAGACAAGUGAUGUCUUCAAAACAUGGAAUUCAUAUUGAUGUCUGAUGUAACUACAUGGCUCAUAGAGAAGCAAAUGGUUCAGAUGAUGAUAAUGAAGGGUAGCCAACAUUAAAGUGAAUUUUUAAAACACA